ACCCGCAAGUGGAAGCAUGACGGCGCCGCCCUACGCCAUGGGGGUGCAGCUGAACCUGGCCGCCUACAAGGACAAGGCGCGCCUGGACGCCAAGGCGUUCGACGCGCGCGGCGACGAGGAGCUGCGCGCCAUGCUGCCCCUCGCCUUCGACGCGCGCAAGCACUGGAAGCGCUGUCCCUCCAUCGGCCGCGUCGUGGACCAGGGCUGCUGCGGCUCCUGCUGGGCCUACGCGUCGGCCAUGGUGAUGACGGACCGGCAGUGCAUCCUCGCCAACGAGCACUUCGAGUACUCGGCGCAGCACUUGUUGGUGUGCAGCAAGACGUCGAACCACUCCACGCCCUGCAAGGGCGGCGACCCCGCCGACGCCUUCGACUUCUGGGUGACGCGCGGUGUCGUUUCCGGCGGCGAGUUCAACUCGUACGUCGGGUGCAUGCCGUACAUCUACGCGCCAGCGGGCAACCAGUGUCGCGCCUCGGCGACGCCGCUCGAAUGCUUGCAGCAAUGCCAGAUAAGCUAUCCGCGCCAGUUUAAGAAGGACCUCCACUUCGGAGAGCGAUACAUGCUCCUCCCGCAAAACCGCCCCGUGAUCAUGCAGUCCGAGAUCCUUCGCGGCGGCCCCAUCGUGGCCAUCCUGGACGCGUACGAAGACUUCAAGUGCUACGAAUCUGGCGUGUACGAGCACGUGGCGGGCGAGCUGGAGGGCGCGCACGCCGUGCGUCUCAUUGGCUGGGGCACCGAGAACGGCGUGCCGUACUGGCUGGCGGCCAACUCCUGGGGCAAGGCCUGGGGGGAGCGGGGGCUGUUCAAGGUGCGGCGCGGCACCAACGAGUGCAACAUCGAGAGCCUCCGGGUGGCCACGGGCUUCCCCUCCACGGUGGACGUCAAGGGCGACGCCGAGACCACGACGGGCCAGCAGUCAGCUGAGGGCGAGGCGUCCGAGGCGGUUAGUGACGGCGACGGCAAGGACUACACCUACGACUACGACCUGGACGACUACUAGUGGCGUACUCACCGGCGAACAGGUCGCCCUGAGGGUCGGCGGGCAGGUGCUGCUCGCCGUUGAUGGUCCGGAAGCGCAGC